UUUAAAAUGAGUCGUCCACCGCAGCCACCAGCUAAACAAGUACCUAACUCUACCCAAGCCUUGGUUGGACAAUUAUUAAGUCACCGAAAAUUUUUUGAAAAAGAAAAUUCUCAAGUAAAACAUUUAGAUAAUACUUCGAUUUCUUCUAAUUCUACUGUAUUCUUGAGAUUAUGUGAUGAUAUGGAAUACAUAAUUGAUAGUGCUUGCACUAAAAUUAUGAUCGAGGAAUGUAAAAAUUUGAAAUUGACUGUAAAUGAUAAAAUUCUUACUUCUAUUAUCGAAGUGUGGAAAUCCGAUAAUGUCAAUAUUAGUUUAAAUUCUCAGGUACAAACUAUCCAAAUUGAUCAUUGUAAAAAUAUCAAUUUAAAUUAUAGUAAUCCAAAUCAUUUUUAUUCUGCUGUUUGGACUACUACAUCUCAAUUCUCUUUAAAAAUUUUUGAAGAUGGGCAAGAAAAAUAUACUUUUAAUAAUGAAAAGGACAAUUCUUCAGAAGAAGAAAAUGAGGAAAAAGAAAAUGAUUCUUUAAAAGAUGAAUUAAAACAAAAUAUUAUUAGAUUAAUUGAUAAUCAAUUAGUUACUGAAGAAUUGGUUCGUGCUGAAAAUUGGUUUCCUAUUACUCGUAGGGAAUGGGGAGAAUGGAAAACUAAAGCUAAUGCUAAUGCAGAAAAACUAAGACAAAGUAAAGAAGCUGAAAUAAAAAAUAAUGAUGAAGCAACUAACUAAUCUAUAGAUUUUAUUUAUUUUUUUUUAUUUGUUAAUAAAAAUUUAAAAAAUUUUAU